AUGUUGCAGGCGGCUUGCGGCUAUUCAUUUACGGCCGGAACUGACCAGCUUUCGCUACCAUGUCGACAUCAUUUUGUAUGGAUGGGCAUCUUCUGGGCUCCUCUUCACAGGGUGGGGAAAAGCAGUCCUUUACUGCUGCGGAAUGAUUCACAUCACGGAUAUGUGGAUACGGUUUACAACCUGCCUUGGAAACUGGCAAAUGGUUGGCUUUACAAUGCGGGCUGGGUCGAGAAAAAGAAGCAAUGGAGUACUAUGAGAUGCUGUUGGGAGCGGCUGACCCCACCUCCCCAAACCAUCCAUCUCUCAUCCUACUUCUCUCAGGGUCGUCGGGAACCGGGAGGGUUGAUUUCAAGAGGACUCUGUCUUAGAAGCUUGGGAUGUGGAGGAGAAGGCGCCGGGAUGCGGGGGGUCCACCAGCUAAGAUCUGUGGCAAUUUACACGUAA